CUGAUCGAAGAAGAAUAUCAUCAUCAUCAAAGAUUCAAAAGAAAUGGCAGAGCUGUUUGAGAAACAGGCAAAGCAAUAUGUAGAUGGAAGACCAAGUUAUCCUCCACAACUCUUCCAAUUCAUUGCUUCUAAAACUCCCUCUCACCACCGAGCUUGGGAUGUUGCCACCGGAAACGGCCAAGCUGCCAAAUCUUUAGCUGCACUAUACGAGAAUGUGAUAGCUACGGAUGCCAGUGAGAAACAGCUUGAAUUUGCAGAAAAAAUAUCCAAUGUGCGGUAUGAGUAUACACCUCCAACCAUGUCUUUGGCUGAGCUUGAACAAAUAGUUGCACCUCAGGGAACCAUAGACCUUGUGACCAUUGCCCAAGCUCUCCACUGGUUUCACCUUCCAACUUUCUAUGAACAAGUCAAGUUGGUUCUCAAGAAACCUCAUGGAGUCAUUGCUGCUUGGCGUUACGAUUUGCCCGGAUUUUGUGACGCGGUACUAGACUCGAUUCUUCAUCAACUUUAUUUCUUUGAUCUGGAUCCUUAUUGGGAGACAAAAUCUAGAUCAGUUAGAGAAAAGUUUCUAAGCUUUGACUUUCCAUUUGUGCCUGUGGAUACUGAUCACACAGGGCCUUUUGAGUUUGUGAUGGAGACCAUGAUGGAUUUGGAUAGUUUAUUUACUUAUAUAAGAUCAUUGUCAGCAUAUCAGACUGCAAAGGAGAAGGGAGUGGAGAUUCUUCGCGAGGAUGUAGUCGAAAAAUUCAAACUUGCUUGGGGUGAAGAUGGCCAAAAGGUUGCCAGGUCUCCAAUUUACCUGAGAAUUGGAAGAGUAAGUGAUUAGCGACGAAAAUAUGUUGUUACUUUUUAGUUCAAACUUGCUUUAAGUUUUUGCAUGUUGGUUUGUAUUAGAAUUUAAGAGGUCUAGCUGUACCCCAAAAGUUAGUUGGGAGGAUUGUAUUCCCAUAUAUAAGGGUUAUGUUCGCUAUAUAUAUAAUCAAUGCGAGACUUCUCAA